UCUAGAUGAGAUCAUGUAAAUGUAUACAAUUUAUUAUGUUAUUGUUAUAUAUAAGAUUAGAUAUAUUCAAUUCAACAAUUUAUUCAUCAUUAUCAUUGAAUUGUAUUUCAUCUACAUUAUUAUUAUUAUGCUCAUCAACAUCAUCAUCUUCAUUAAAUGUAUUCGAUCCAACCAAGUAUAAAGCAUUACCAUCUAUAUCGCCGAAUACUUCCAAAGAGUUAUCAUAUCAAUCAUCAAUCAACAAAAUCAAUAAUAAUAAUAAUAAUAAUGAUAACAAGAUGAAGAAGAAGAAGAACAAUGAAAAGAAUCAUCAAGAUGGAUCAUUGAAACCAUUCAAUAAACAAAUCACUUAUAGACUUAUUGAAGAAUCUAAUAUACCACAAUUUAUUGGUAAUUUAAUUAAUGAUUUUCAAUUAACCAAUUAUUUAUUAAAUUAUAUAUUCAAUCAUUCAUUAUCAUCGAAUAAUAAUCAUAAUAAUAAUAAUCUAAGAAUGAAUACAAUCAAUCAAAGUAAACCAUUAUUAAGUAUUGAUUUAAUUGCUAAUCAAUAUCAGAUAAUCAAUAAUAAUAAUAAUAAUAGUGAUCAUCCUCAUCAUCAUCAUCAUCAUAAUGAUUUACCACGUUUAUAUUUAUUUCCAUCUAAUCAAUGGAGUUCAAAAUAUUUUCAUAUAAAUUAUUAUAAUUUAUUUAAACAAGAAUUAAUACAAAUAAAAAAAUUAGAUCGUGAUCAAUUAUGUCAUUGGGAUCAUCAUCAUAAUAAUAAUAAUCAAUUUUUUAAAGAAAUCAAUACAUGUUUAUGUUCGAUCAAUACAUGUUCAAUCAUUAAUAAUCAAUCAAAUCUAAUCAAUGAUCCAUUUGAUUUACCUUAUUGUCAAUUUACAAUUACAAUUGCUAUGAAUUUAUUAUCGAUUGGUAUAGAAUUAAUGACUAUUCAUAUACAAUUAAUUGAUUUAAAUGAUAAUUAUCCAAUAUUUCAAUUAUUUAAUAAAUAUGAAUUACAUUUUAUGGAAGAUGCAUUAAUCGGUACAAAAUAUCAAUUACCAAUAGCUAUUGAUCAUGAUAUGUGUUUAUAUUCAAAUAUCACUUAUCAAUUAUUAUCGAUUGAUCAUCAUGAAAUCAAUUCAAUAAUCAAUAAUAAUAAUAAUAAUCAAUUGAAUCAAUCAAUCAAUUAUUUUAGUUUAAUAUUCAAUCAAUUAGAUGAUCAUAAUAGAUUAGAAAUACAAUUAGAUCAUAAUUUAGAUCGUGAACAAAUAGAUAAAUAUGAAUUGAAUUUAUUAGCUAUAGAUAAUCAUUAUAAAUUGAAUGAAAUUAAACAUACAACUACUCUACCAUUGAUUAUCUAUAUACAUGAUGUGAAUGAUUGUAAACCUGAAUUUACUAUAAUGAAAUCAAUAAUCAAUAAUAAUAAUAAUCAUAGUAAUAAUAGUAAUGAAGUAUUAUAUCAAUCAAAUGAACCUUUAUUGAUAGAAGUAUGUGAAGAUGUACCAAUUGGUUAUAUUGUAACAAAAUUUCAUGCAAUUGAUAAAGAUAUUGGAAAAAAUGCUGAAAUACAAUAUAGAAUAAGUCAGUAUACACAUUCUUUAACAAAAUCGUUUUUUAGACUUAAUUCUACAACUGGUGAAUUAAUAAUAAAAGAAUCAUUAGAUCGUGAAAAAUCACCUUUAUCAAAUGGUUUACAUCAAUUAAUGAUUACAGCAUAUGAUCAAGGUAUACCACAACGUAGUUCUAAUUUAUUUAUUAUAAUAAAAAUAUUAGAUAUUAAUGAUAAUUAUCCAAUGAUACAUUUAAUUGAUGAGACAAAAACAUUUCAACAAUCUAAAUUCAAACAAUCACCAUGGUAUCUAAUUGAUCAAUUCAAUAAUCAUAAUCAUAAUAAUAAUAUGAUUAAAAUCAAUAAUCAAUUAAUCAAUAAAAUUUGGCAAUUUAUCGAUGAUAAUAAUCAAUCAAUCAAUAUGAGUUCUAUUAUUAAUCAAUUAAAUAAUUAUUCUAUUCAUACUAAAAUGAUUGGUAAUCAACCUAUAAAUACAAUUAUUAAUAUUUUAAUGAUAAAUGAUCCAGAUUUAAAUGAAAAUGGUACAGUUCAGUGUUUAAUUAAAAAUCAAUUAUUGAUUUAUUCAAAAAGAUAUCAGGAUAGUAACAAUUAUAUUGAUCGUAAUUAUUAUAUAAAUGAUCAACAACCAUUUAUUUUAUUGGAGCCAUUUCAUUUUAUAAAUCCAUUUAAUGAUGAUCAACAAGAAUAUAAAGAACAAAAAAAUAAAAAAAUAAAUGAAAAAAUUAUAAGAAAACCAAGAGAAGAAAGUAAAACAGGAAGGAAACAAGAUGAAAUGCCGGUUACUACGACUACUACUACUACUACUAAUAAUAAUAAUAAUAAUAAUAUUAUUAAUAAUAAUAUAGAUUCAUUUUCAAAUCACAAUAAUUAUCAGUUAAGAACUAAUAUGAUAUUUGAUCCUGAUAAAAUCACUGAUUUAUAUUUACUUAUUGAAUGUUCCGAUUAUGGUUUACCAUCAUUAACAACAAUACAAACUAUACAUUUUGAAAUUAUUCAUACAUUUAAUGAUCUACAUUCAUUAUUGAAUAUUUCUCAUAUACAAAUAAUAAAUCAAUUCAUUAUCCAUGAUAUAAAUUGUAAUUAUUUUAAUGAUAUACAAAAAAAUUCUAAUAAAAAAUCAAUAUUUAGUUACUAUGAUCAUUUAUCACUAUCGAAACUAAUUUAUCCAAUUAUAUUGAAUCCUGUAUAUAUGGAAGCUAAAUCAAGUAUUUGUUUAAUUUUAAUGAAAGGUAUUCAAAUUCAUCAACAAUUAUUUAGUAUUAUAGUAAAAACAAAUUAUGAAACAAAUGAUAAUUAUCAAAUUAUAUAUGAAUUAAUUAAAGAGAUACCUAAUGAAAAUUAUUUUACUAUUAAUUCAACAUCCGGUAUAGUCAGUUUAAUGAAAGAAUUGAAUCCAUCUAGAAAAUUAAUUACAAAACAAUUAUUGAUACAAGCAUCAAAAAUUGGUACAUUAUAUGAUUAUUCCAAAGAUCUUAAUUAUAAAAUACAAAUAUUGAUUAAUUUGACAUUGAAUUUCAAUAAUGAUUAUUCUAUGGAAAUGUUAUUAUCGAAUGAUCUAGUAAAAGAUCCUGAUCAUGAUCCUGUUCAUGAUGAUCAUGAUCAAAUAAUAAUCUAUUUACAAAUGAAUCAAUCGAAUUCAUACAUCAAGACAUAUACUAAUGAUACAUAUCAAUUCUAUAUAACAGAUUCCAUUUAUUCAAAUGAUUCAAUAUUAUCAAAGAUUAUCGUUUAUUGUAUUCAAUAUUCUUCAUCACAUAGUCAUAAUGAUCAUUUCAAUCAUUAUUGUGAAUUAACAUUAAAAGUAUAUGAUUCUUUGAUAACAAUGAAUGAACAAGAUCCAAAAGAUUUUAUUUUAAAACCGAUCCAAUUUUUAUGUAAUCCUAAUCGAUCAAAUUCAAUAUGUCAUGGUUAUCAAAUCAAUAUUAAUCAUUUUAUUCAACAUUCAUUAAAAAUCAAUAUCUUCUGA